AUGGGACAUAAUGAGCAGUCUGAUUAUAUUCCAUCAAAUAUGAAUUAUGAUCCACGAGCACAUAAUAAUGGAAGAUAUAGACCCUUUGCUUCAAAUUCAUUUCAACCUCCUCCACAACAAUAUUAUAGACAGUCAUAUAACAAUUAUUAUUACACACCAUCUUAUAAUGAUAGAGAACAUAAUAGAUCUUUUGCUUCGCCGUCACCUUCAAUUCCACCUUAUUAUCAACCACAACAACAAUAUUAUGAUAGAAAUGGUAGAUAUUAUGGACAACCAGACAUCAACUAUAACUUUUCUGCAUAUAGUGGUGGAAGAUAUAGACCAUCAUAUAAACCGCGUUACAACAAUAAUAAAAGACCUGGGAGUUAUUAA